CAUAGCGCAGGUUGUAUCGCGCGGUGCAGGACUUUCACAAAUUAUUUAUGACCAUGUGACAGUUUAGCUUUUCACCAGAGCAUCCUUCUUGGGGUUUUUUGUUUAUUUUAUUUUCUGGUGAUGGAAAAUUGGGGACAUUUUUGCCAUUGAAAAAAAAACUUCAGAUAUAGAGGAGAAGAUUAGAAGGCUAAGUGUAUGAUUUGACCUCCAUCAUGGAUCUAUCAAAGGAAUAUCGUGACGUUAUGUAUGUUUUGUACCUAUUUCUUCACGUGUUGUGCCUGUUUAAUGUGUCUGUUGCUCAAAAGUGCUUACAAAGUGAAGGACACGUUGUGGAGCUGUGUAGAGACAGUGCUGUACAAACCCAACAUGCUGUUAUGUUAGACACUUCCUUAUUUUCUCCUGGGAAAGGAAGCUGUACUUGUCGAUUUAAUGUCACAGGCGAUUACCUUGACAUAAGCCAUUUAGAAUCCCCCGAGCAAUGUGGAUCUAAAAUAAAUUUUCACUUGGGAUCAACGAAAAGUCCUAGUGAAUCACAAUCAAUAGACUGCACCACUUAUACAACUGAAUUUAAUACAACGGUUGUAAAGGAUGGGUCGUUAGUGUUAUCACAACUAGAAACUGGUGCCGUGGUCGCAGGAUUUUGUGUUUCCAUGGAGACAGAUCCAAACGCAAUUAUAUCUGUACAAUGUGAUGCCUUGCCAGAAAAGAGUACAGGAAGCAUAAAGAAGGAAUCACUCUCUAGUGCUGACAGUAUGUUUAGUCCCAUCUCCAUUAAAGACAUGUUUCAAGACAGGUCAACAGGUGCAUCUAAUGCAAUUCAAGAACUGCUCAGUAAGUCGGGCAUUAGUCAGGAUAGCAUAUUCUUAGAACCAAAUCUGAUCCAAACUCCGGUGAAUUCCAUCCAAUUAAUGGACAGAUUAGUUACACCUGCAAUGAUUGGAGAGGAAGUGACGACAGAGUCUACUCCACUGAACUUUUCCGCUAUCGAAAAUGUUACCGAAUCUGAUGUUACUCCUUCGACAUUCCCAGCCUUAGUAACUGAACAAAAACCAUCAAACACAAGUAUCAAUCCUUCAGUUGUUUUAACAAGUGAACAAACCUCGUCACAAACAAACAUCAUUCCUUCAACAGUUUCAUCUCUCUCUACUCAACAUCACUCUACACAUAUCGAUGACAGUACCUCAUCUAUUUCACCAUCAAAAGUCUUGAAGAAAUUAGCAACCACAACCUCUUUACAAACAUCUACCACAGUUCCCAUUACUGCGAGCCACCACCAAGAAGCAAUCAUUGCUUCAAAUGCUGCCAUAAAAAGUUCAUUUAUACCAAGUCACUCCAUCUCUCCAACUACAGCACAGACAGAUGAGCACAUCCUUUCAUCACUUACGGGAACUGAAACAAGCACAAUAACUUUGUCAAGUUCAACAUCAUUCUCAACCACUGUGACAACUGACAAUACAACGCCAUUGAGAAUGGAAGAGUCAACACUCUUUGAUGAGAAGACUGUAAAUACGAUAUCUCCAACAGCAGUCUACACAGCGUCAUCGACAGCAUCUUCGUCACCAGAAAUAAUUGCUCAAUUUGAAGUAUCUAAGGCUAUAUCAACUGUGAGCAGUACUGAUAUAACAAGUCCCAUCCUUUCCUCGAUAAUUCUGGGGGUAUCAACAUCCGAGUCAAAAUCAGAAUCGUCGACAUCUGGCUCAGAUUUAACAACAUCUGUUUUAUCAUCAACACCAACAAGUUCAUCGUUGAUACCCCCUCAAACAGGAAUGUUUCUACCAUCAGAAAUCGGUACAAAGUCGGAAACACCUUCAUCAACACUAGAAGAAACGGUGACACCAUCUCGUAAAUUGGCACGAAUUUCACAGGAUGGGAUAACUGGAUCAAACAUGCUAAAAUCUUCAAUAACUGAGCACGAAAUUUUAUCAUCUACGGAGAGUUUAUCGACCACGUAUUCAUCCAGCCUUCCUGAUCUGAAGGAGUUGUACUCCGAGGAACUCCAACAGAUGUCGUCUUUCGCCGUAUCUGCUCCACAAUCUAAAAUUACAAAAACAACUGUUUCACGACAAACGGAUGUACCAACGUCAACGCUUACCCCAGAGAAAGAGAAAACAACUGCAGCAACAACACUAGAAGUGACAGUGACCACUGAGGAACCAAUUAUCUCCGAAAUUGUAGAAACAACAACCACAGAACGUCUCACUACGGUGGAAACAUCAACGAUAGAACCUGUUACGAAAUCAUCUACUUUAGCAAAUGAACCAACCGAGACUACAGAUGACCCAUCGAUGAGGAUGACAGAUACCACUAAAUCAACAACACUGCAAGUUACGAAAGAUGUUCCGAGUCCAACAACGAUCAAAUCUAUGACCACAGCAUCAAAACCAACAUUAGGAACAACAACAUUUAAGCCAACGACAGAAAGUGUGGACCCAGUAAUAUCAAGACAAACAACAGCCAUUCCAGCUUCAGAAGACCCUUCCACUAAACAGCCAACCGUCGUACCUAGCGUCAAACCGAGAGGUGAUCUGCAACCGAGAACCGCAAAACCAAUGAUUGUCAAAAAACCGGUUAUGACAAGACUUCCCCCAAUCGUUAUUCCUAUUGAUUCACCAAAGGAAACGUCUCUCAAACCGUCUUUCAAGCCUGGGAAGAAUGAUAAAAGCAAAGAUGUAGGAAGUGAAAAGCCCCCAGCAGAUCUCUCAACAGUGGAUGACUCGGAAGAUCUUGAUGAUGAUACGAUUACAGUCAUCGUUGUUGGUUCAGUCAUUGGUAUCCUGGUCUUUAUUGCAAUCAUCGUGAUAUUGGCUACGUUUUUAAAAUCAAGGAGAAAAGUCAAUAAACAACCAGAGGAGAAGGACGAUAUCGAAAUGAAUGGAGGAACGAAAGGAAUCGAUAAUCCUUUACUUCAGCUGGAAGAGGAGGAAUCUGCUGCUAAUGGAUCAGCAGUACUCACGAACGGAAAGGCAAACGGAGUGGUAGAAGAAUCCCCAAGUGAAAGUGGAAAAGCCGAAGUCACGGCGGAAAAAGCCGAAGUCACGGUGGAAAAUGCAGAUGAUAAACCGGAAAAGGCAGGAAAGAGUUCCGAUGAUAUCCAGUGAAUCCGGGUUUCACUAACGUUCCAAAAAUUGAAUCCUUUUUCCGUGAUUGUUGUUUUGUGAACGGGAAAAUGAUGCACCUUAGCCGAAAUGACUCGGUCGUAUCUGAUCCUGAGAGCAAGGGGCGUUAUUAUAGUACAGGGUAUCUUGCAGUGUCAAUGUGAAAUUGAUUAUCAUGACCAAGGCGUUAGUUAGAUAUUAAAUUUGAUAGCUGUUUGAGUAACAGGAGACAGUAUUCCUGCGUUUUAAGACUUUUUUGUUUCUUUUUGUAUAAAACGUGCUUUCUGUUUGUCAAUGAUUGUCAUUUUCUUGUAGUGGCUUUGAUAGGUGAUCACUUAAUCAUCGAAACAUUGUAUAAACUGAGUGUUUCUAGUCAAAGCACAGUCAUUUAUAUACUUGCAUAUGUAAACAUAACCAUUCUAGAAUAUCAAACAGGGAAAAGUCAUUCAAUAUGAUCUGCUUACUAGAAAAAUUAUUGUGAUUUUGAAGCAUCAUUAAUAUUCCUCUGGAAGCAUAAGGUGAAUUGAAUUUGAGAUAAUAAUGAGCGACAUGUGUAUGUGUGUGAAAGAGAGAUAAUGGGAGAGAGAGAAAGAAUGUGACAAAAAGAUAGAUAUUGUUGAAUAAUAAAAUCUUUAACUUUUCUC